AUGACCGAACGACAGCGACCCACCUGGCUCAAUCAGCUACCGGAUCACAGCAUCUUUGAAUUGGACGAGCAGGAGUAUCUCGAAUGGGUUCGCAUCAGUAACAGCAAAGCCAAGGCAACUGACGCCAUGCCGCGCAACACGAGCGCCCAUUCCAGCAAGCUGCUUGCGCAACCUUACUCAGGAUCGCGACUUGGCACUGGACAGAAACCGUCGUUUGGUCUGGACGACCUUCAAGAGGAAUAUGGGCAGGCUUACCAGGGCCUAUCAUGUAUGGUCGUCCAUGGUCAGGAUAUGUACGUGGCCGUAGGCAGACAGGUCCGCCUUACGAGCCUUGGAGAGCUGAAGAAAGGCGUUGAGAACAACGGACGCGUAGCAGCAGCAGAAUUUAUCGACCAGAAGCAGCACAAGGUGCUGAGCAUUGACAACAUCGAUUUCGACGUUAGGAGGCUUGUUAUCAAUCAGGAUGGAAAGCUGUUGGCGAUUGUUGGAGACGAGAAGAUCGUGAUCGCAAUUGUGUCAAAGACGGUCAAGCAGGACCCAAAAGCCGUCAACUGCAAGUCGUUCAUACUCGGAGAAUACUAUCACAUUAAUAAGGGGCCAUCAAAAAUCGUCAAGGUUCUUUGGCAUCCUCUGAGUAAAGGGUUCACUCAUGUGCUGGUCAUGACCCACGACAACCUGCUACGGAUGUAUGAUGUCGCCACAGAUUUCGAAGAGCCGGAGCAGAUUUUCAGCUUUGCGGAGGAGGGACAGACGUCGGGCACAUAUGGACUUGAUGUUGAUUUUGCGGCAUCAUUCUGCUUCGGGUCAAAGUCCUUUGAAUGGGGGCGAUUGACAGUCUACAGUAUCACACAGAACGGAGAUGUCUACAUGAUGUGCCCAGUUAUGCCAGGCUCCUGUCUUCUGGAAGCGGCUGACUUGGAGGCUAUUCGAGCUAAACUGGAACAAAAGUCAGCGCCUGGAACAGAGUCACAGCACUUGGAACAAGUAAGGAGGGACUGGCUCGAGUGUCUUUUGGAAACGGUACAGCCUCACCCCUAUUCGGACGAGAUGGUCAUUGUUGAGAGCCCAGUGUUGAAGCAUGCAAAGGUGGCGCGACAGGGGCCAUUCCUCUUUCAGCCUGCACCCAUCGAGCUGGAGGAUGACGACAACAGGGCAUAUGAUAUUCUUUGCCUGGAAGUAGAGGCAGCUGAAGUGCUUGCAUUGGCCUUUUCCAGCGGCAAGGUCGAUCUCUGUAUUGUUGUUGACCGUCCGUCCGCGCGCUGGACUAUUCCUCGGAAAUUGAGAAGCAACGGCGCAUACGCAUUGGAUGACGACGAUGACGAGGAAGAUGAUCCCCUUCCAAUUAUCUCUGCAUAUGAAUCAAUUGAUCUUGGGAUACUGAAGGUGUUUGGCACCACGACUUCGACCAAAUCAGGAGGAUACAGCUUGGUUGAAAAGAGGAUGGGCAUCCCGAACCAUCCAGUUCUGGUAGCGGACUCGAUGUACGGCGAUACAUUUUACGUUUACCACGAAACAGGCGCUCAUUAUAUAUCAAUCAAGCCGUGGCUGGAAGAGCUGAGCAGGAUCUAUGAGGCGGCAAGCCAAGGAGUGGUCGCUGGACUGGAUGCUAGAGUUGCCAAGUUCUAUGACUCGAAGGUGAAAUCCAGCGUUGGCUGCAUCGUCACGACUCGGCCAACUAAAACAAGUCCUCCAGCACCGAUCGUGGGUUUCUCGGUUGUUACAGAUGCUUACUUGGAAUACUCGCUUUUGAUGUUGACUGCAUCGCUUCAAUUGAUUGGACAAGAGCUCAUGCCCCGACCCCGCACGAGUGCGAUUGCAUCUUCAACACAAGAACAGCAAACCUCAACAGCAGUUUCCAGUAAAGAAGAGAACACAUAUCAGAACACGCUGACGCUCCCAAUAUUCGGCCAGCAGGAUGGACUUGUGGUUCUGAAUGGAUUACCACUCCAGCCAAAGGUGGUGCUUCCCCCUGGGAAGGGUUCUGUCAAGAUCACUGUCACGGAGGAAAACCUGCGGUUCAUGGGCCAGAUGGUCCAGGGCAUUCGCGAAUCUCUGCGUGAGGUUUACACUGCCUGCGAUGUUGCACAGCAAAGACUGGUUGCUCAGGAGGCGGAGUAUACACGACAGCAGGACAAGGUCGCCAAGACCAAUCAGCAUAUCAAGACGACUCUACAUAAAAAGAUGCAGGAGCAGGUCGAUCGGCAGGAUGCCCAGGCAGCACGACAGAGCAAACUGAUGGCCCGUGCGGAUGCGAUGAUGCAGAAGUUAAUGGAAUCCCGGGAGCCAGAAUUGAGUCCGGCAGAGCGAGCUUGGGUGGUGGAUGUUACUAGGAGCGAAAAGAUUGUGAAGACGUUUGAUGAAAGAAAGCACAGGGUGCAGACACAAUAUGGGAUCCUGAAGAGGCGAAUGCAGGAGAUGCAGGGCGCUCUCAGCGGUGCGGUUGCAGACGAUCGCCAACGACAUGGCAAUACGCUGAUUGGAAUGAGCGACUUCGACCGUCAGUUGACGUUACAGCAGAGGCAGACAGCACGGCGCUAUGGAACGGCACAAAUCAAGACAGUUGAAGGCGCAUUAAGUGUUGAGUCCCAGCUCUUGGACACGACGAUGAAGAUGCUGACAGAAGUUUCGUCGCGGUUGGAGGUACUGGAUGUAGCGAAAGACUCGACAGACUGA